CGAGUUGUUGAUGUCUGGUUUAUUUAAUAAGACGUUUUCCAUAAGGUUAUGUAUAAUAAUUAACGGUUAACAUGUUUUGAUACGUAUCCCAUUAACUGACCGAUUACUUUGCAAUUUUUUAACUGCUAACAUAUUAUACAGUUACCGAUAGAUAAUCCCGCGUUAGGAUUAUUUUAAAAAUAUUCCAACGGGUAUGUUGAGUUUAUCUUAAGCGUAAUUAACCCUGAAAGUAAAAUUCACACGUAAGAAUGGCCGAUGAAAUAGAAACUGUUCGUCUCGUCAACGAGGAUAACGAGUGUAUGGAAACAGAAAUAGAUGCUGAUGAUAUAGAUGAAGAAGGUUCCGACGGAGUUGUAGUUCCAGAACUUCAGGGUACACUAUCCAAAUGGACAAAUUAUAUACAUGGCUGGCAAACUAGAUUUAUUGUUCUCAAAGAUGGUACUUUAUCUUAUUAUAAAUCUGAACAGGACAGUGGAUUUGGAUGUCGAGGCUCUAUAAGUUUGUAUAAAGCUAAUAUUAAGGCACACGAAUUUGAUGAGUGUAGAUUUGAUGUGUCCGUAAAUGACUGUUUAGUAUGGUAUCUAAGAGCAAACAGUCCAGAAGAAAAACAACGUUGGGUAGAUGUGUUAAAAUCUUACAAGUCUGAAUCUGGUUAUGGAAGUGAAAACAGUUUAAAGCGACAUGGUAGUGCCAUUUCGCUUGUAUCAAAUACACAGUCUAUCACGAGCGCGGGUAGUUUUACGAAACGUGGAGUCCGAGGAUUGAAAGAAAAAUUAGCAGAACUUGAAACUUUCAGGGAUAUUUUGAUCAAACAAAUUGAUACUCUGCAAAAGUAUUUUGAUAAUUGUGCAGAAAAUGCUAAAAAUAUUUCCACGAAAGAAAAUAAAGUUGAGACAAUGUUUAAUCCAGCUGCACAGUCAGUAGAUUUUAAAGGUGAAGCAAUAACAUUUAAAGCAACAAGUGAAGGUGUAUUAGCAACACUGCAACACUGUGUUGAGUUAAUGGUGCAGCGGGAAGAUGCAUGGCGUCGUCGAUGGGAAAAAGAAGUUGAAAAGAAGCGAAAAAUACAAGAAGUUCAUAAAGCUUUGAAAGAUCAAAUUGCAAUGCAACAAAGUGAUUCUCCUAGACCUAGAGUCCUUAUACACGGAGGUCCAGAUUACGAGGAAGGUCCACAUAGCGCUCUAUGUGACGAAGAAUUUUACGAUGCAGUAGAAACUGGUUUAGAUAAAAUUGAUGAAGAAAAUCAACUGAGAGAUCGUUUGAAACAAAAAUCAGUUUCGAUUUUAACUUCACCUACUAUGCCGGCAGCUAAGCAUAGACUUUGGCCAGAAAUUGAGAGAAUAACAGUGCAACAGUUGCAUUAUGCACGGCUUGGAGUAGGAGCAGGUGGAUGGCAAUUAUUUGCAGAAGAUGGUGAUAUGCGAAUGUAUAGACGCGAAGAAGAAGCAGAUGGUUUAGUAGUAGAUCCAUUAAAAGCCUGUCAUGUUGUGAAAGGCGUUACUGGUCAUGAGGUUUGCAAGAUAUUCUUUAGCCCAGAAUAUCGAACAGGCUGGGAAGCUACGCUAGAAGACAUGACAGUGGUUGAGAACAUUUCCAAAGACACUUUGAUAUUUCUACAAACGCAUAAACGAAUUUGGCCAGCGAGUCAAAGAGAUGCAUUGUUUUGGUCGCAUAUACGUCGAGUCUCUGAUGAUCAAGAUCCUGAUGCUCAUGAUCUAUGGAUAGUUUGCAAUCAUAGUACAGAACAUCCCGAUUACCCGCCAAACACAGGAAAAUGUGUAAGAGUUUAUUUAACCGUUUGUCUCGUAUGUCAAACUUUUAUUGAUCCUCCAAAGGAUGAUGGCGAAAUAAAAAGGGAAAAUAUCACAUGCAAAAUAACAUAUUGUUCUGUUGUUAAUCCUGGCGGAUGGGCUCCAGCUUCUGUCUUACGUGCUGUUUAUAAAAGGGAGUAUCCAAAGUUCCUUAAACGGUUUACUAGUUUUUGUAUUGAUCAAUGUAAGGAUAAGCCAAUCACAUUCUAAAGGUAAUUAAUAGUACUUCCAUAUUUUCCAUCCAAUUCCUCGUUUAUCACAUCAAAUCAGCCUCGCGCGUUUGAUGUAUUAAUAUAUCAAACAAAAAAAUUAGAAGUUACACCAUAUAAAAAAUUGGAUGCAACAAUUUUUUCGAUAUAAAUGAAAGUGUUUUAUAUACUAUUUUUUUUUUUAAUUAGUUUUUUAUUUGCUUAAUAUGAAAUGCCGGGGAGGGGGGGAGAGAGAGAGAGAGAGGAAGAGCGAGAGAGUGAGAGAUAAAGAGAACUUAAUUAAAAAAAAAAAAUAAAAAAUAAAAAAAAAUACAAAGUGUUAUAUUGAAAGUCAUUUAUUAAAGUGUAUAAACGUAUUAUUAUACAUAUACACUUCCAAAAUAACUUUACGAUAUGAAACACACGCGCUAAAGCACUGUUUGUAAAUUGUAUUUACUUCUUUGAAUAACAGCUUGUUACUUUAUUGUUAUACAGAAUGCUGUCAUAAGUCACUUGUACAAAUCUUAACAGAUUGAAUACAUACACAUUUAUCUAUUGUUACAUUAUAUAUUCAAUUAAACAUAAAACUGUAUUAUUCAUUCAACGAAAGACCAUCCCUGUUAUACGACGAGUUUUCGUUCAUUCUGUCCAUAUUAACAAUGAUUGGUUCGCGCAAUGAUUUUACAUUUGAUAUACUUUUUGACCUUCGACAUUAUCACUUUUCAUAUACUUUUGUCCAUCAUGUAUAUGAUGACGAAGUUAGAGGUAAGAGUAGAGGGUUCCCUGAGCUACGCGAAACAGGUGUGUUCUCUCGUUGAACGAAUAAUAUAAUACAAAUUAUAUUGUUAUUUUUAUUUAUAUAUAUAUAAAAUGUGUGCGUGAUACACGAUAUGAAGGUCAAAUCAAGAAACAUAAUAAAGACUGUUGUAGAUUUGCUGUAAA